AUGGCCGCUACUAAGGGAUACGCUUUGUUGUGCUUGGAGAACCCUCUUCUUGACAUCCAGGCCAAAGGUGAUGACGCUCUCCUUGAGAAGUAUGGCCUGAAGGCCAAUGAUGCCAUUCUCGCCGAGGAGAAGCACAUGGGCAUCUACGAGGACCUUCUUUCUCGAGAUGCCAAGCUCAUCCCCGGUGGUGCUGCUCAAAACACUGCCCGUGGCGCCCAGUACAUGCUUCCCGAGGAAUCAGUUGUUUACAUUGGCUGCAUUGGCAAGGACAAGUACGGAGAAAUUCUGAAGAAGACCUGCGAGGAGGCUGGAGUCCACACCGAGUACCGGGUCGAUGAGACCCAGCCCACCGGCAAGUGCGGUGUCGUUAUCACCGGCCAUAACCGUAGCAUGUGCACCCACCUUGCUGCCGCCAACGAGUACAAGAUUGAGCACUUGAAGCAACCUCAGGUCUGGUCUCUUGUUGAGAAGGCCCAGUUCUACUAUGUCGGUGGAUACCACUUGACUGUUUGCGUCCCUGCCAUUCAGGCUCUGGGUGAGGAGGCUGCCGCAAAGAACAAGGUCUUCAUGCUGUCUCUCUCUGCCCCCUUCAUUCCUCAAUUCUUCAAGGAGCAGCUGGACAGUGUCCUGCCCUACACCGACUAUACAUUCUGCAACGAGGACGAAGCUCGCGCCUAUUCCGCCAGCCACGAGUGGGGUACCGAGGACGUUGUCGAGAUCGCCAAGAAGCUCGCUCUCCUGCCCAAGAAGAACACUCAGCGCCCUCGUGUUGCCAUUGUCACCCAGGGUACUCUGCCCACCGUUGUGGGUAUUGCCUCCGCCGAUGGCAAUGUCGAGGUCAAGGAGUUCAAGGUCCACGAGAUCUCCAAGGACGCCAUCGUUGAUACCAAUGGUGCUGGUGACGCCUUCGCCGGUGGCUUCUGCGCCGGUGUUGUUUCUGGCAAGUCUCUCGAGGUCAGCAUCGACAUGGGCCAGUGGCUCGCCAGCAAGGGUAUUCAGGAGCUUGGACCUUCUUACCCUUCCCCCAAGCAAACCUACUCCAGCUCUUAA